AUGGAAGUUGCUUAGAAAUAAUAGGAUAAAAUAAUCUCAUUAGGCAUUGAAGGAAGUGCCAAUAAGAUAGGAGUGGGUAUUGUUGACUAAGAAGGCAAUAUUUAUGCUAAUCCAAGGUACACCUUCAUCACUCCACCAGGCACAGGGUUCAUGCCCAAGGAAACAGCAGAGCAUCAUAGAUUGAAGGUACUGACUCUAAUUCAUCAGGCUUUAGAGGAGGCCAAGAUGACUCUUGACAAAGACAUAACUGUGAUAUCUUACACUAAAGGUCCAGGAAUGGCUUAGCCACUAAGUGUAGGUGCAUUAGUUGCAAGAACACUCUCUUAGCUCUACAAAAUACCUAUUAUUGGUGUUAAUCACUGUAUUGGACAUAUUGAAAUGGGUAGAGUUGUAACUAAAUCUCAGAAUCCAACUAUCUUGUAUGUAUCUGGAGGAAACACUUAGGUAAUUGCAUAUAGUUAAAAUAGAUACAGAAUUUUCGGCGAGACUCUGGAUAUUGCAGUAGGAAAUUGCCUAGAUCGUUUUGCUAGAAUAAUAGAACUUUCUAAUGAUCCAAGUCCAGGCUAUAAUAUCGAGUAAAUGGCGAAGAAAGGCUAGAAUUACAUUGAACUGCCUUAUGUAGUCAAAGGAAUGGAUGUUAGCUUCUCAGGCAUUCUGACUUUCAUUGAAGACUUAGUAACUGGAAAGAAAAAUAGUACAACUAAGAAAUAACAGUAGGAGAAAUAAAAAAUAAAGGUGGAGGACGGGUUAAUAGCUUAGACACCUCUAACAUAUUCAAAGGAGGAUUUAUGCUACAGUUUGCAAGAGACUCUAUUUUCCAUGUUGGUUGAAACAACUGAGAGAGCUAUGGCUCAUUGUAACUCUAAUGAAGUACUUUUGGUUGGAGGUGUAGGCUGUAAUGUAAGGUUACAGGAAAUGAUGGGAAUUAUGACUAAAGAAAGAGGUGGCUCAGUGUGUGCAAUGGAUGAUAGGUACUGUAUUGACAAUGGAGCUAUGAUUGCAUAUGCUGGCUUACUAGAGUAUCAAUACACUAAUAGAUAAAGUAUGCCUCUCUCUGAAUGUACUUUCACUUAAAGAUUUAGAACAGAUGAGGUCGAGGUCAUUUGGAGGAACGAUUGA